UUAAUACACAGGAACACUGCAUCAAACCAAUGCACUGCUCUGAGGCUGGCUGAGCAGCUGAGAGGAGUGCGUCAGCAGUACAUUCACGUUCCCACUGAAGGACAAAGGGAGGGGGCAGAGCGAGCAUCUUAGCUGCCUGCAACACCGACACGGAGGGGGGGAAUAGAGAAAAGAGAGAGAUUGGAGAAUAAACAAGAAGAGGAGAUGUGGAUUAGAAUGCUGCUCCUGCUGCUUCUGUGACGGUGGGCUGCCUGUUUGAGUGCUCGCGUGCCUCCUCCUCUCCAUCUCUCUCUCACACACACUCUCUCCUUCACGCAUUCUAUCUUUCUCUUGCUCUUGAUCUGUCAGUGGUUCUCUCUCUCCUUCCCUCUCAAUCUCUCUCUUUCUGUCUCUCUUUCCCUCUCUCUCUCUCUCUCUCUUUCUCUGUUCUACUCUGGCUACUGCAGUAGUCCACCAGCCAGCCGCAAGUCUGACAGCCACACACAUGGCUAACUGCCACAACUUACUACCUCAGCCCUGGAGAAAAACUAACAAAUAAGCAAGCAGAAGAACACUGCAGGAGACAGCCCAGGGGACAAACAGCGAGUGGAGAGAAGAAUCCUCAAUACCUUUCUCUGUUUUUGGAUACAGAUACGGAGCCCUUUUCCACACACAUCCUCCCAGCGUCAUCCUCUCUCUUUUCUCUCAUUGCAGAAGAGGACAAGAGUGCUCUCUCUCUCUCUUCCGACAGCCUUUUGCGAAGCUCCAACAGUGCAGCGCAUCCCCUUCUCCACCCCCCACCCAGCGCCACCAUCUCUCCCACCACCCCCAACCCCCCCCCUCCCCCCAGGAGGAAUAGACGGAUUACUGCUAACUGUGCACACGGCAGCCUGCAGCUGCUCUGACCAGGGCCAGCCCAACGUUGGGAGGAAGCAAAAGGAACACAGAGGAGGAGAGGAGAGGGGGAUGACUGUGCCGGGAGUUCUUUAGCCUUUUUCUGUCUCUCAGUCUCUGUCACAACGGGGCUAAUCAGCGACUGACUAGCCCUUGGCAAAGUCACAGUGAGGGAGGUCUCUCCACCAAACAGGCGACCAGCCGACGAGCCAACACAUGUAUCAGGAGCCGACAGAACUGGGGAUUUUUAUUUAUUUCAGUUGGUCACUUCUUCUCUCCUCCUCUGUCGUGUUUUACUGCGUUAUGGAUCAUUGUGAUUUAUCCACAGUGGAGCUGCAUGUUGGAGUCUGCAGCCUGGCAGGGGGGCAGUUAGUGGGGGCAGAAGGGAUCCAGGCACCUGCCAAGCCUUCAUGGCCUUACCUCUGCCUGUGAGUGCUUUUCAUGCUGCUUUCAGUCUUUAAUACCAGGAGCCAUUUUGUACCCUUGGCUAAUAGAGGGCCACCUCACUUUUUCAGAGAGGAAAAUCAAGAAAACAUCAAUCUGCUGUCUUUCCAUGGAAGGAAAUUAUAAAUGAACGUGAUGCAUGACUGUUGCUUUUAACAUUUGGAAAGAGGCAAAAAGGACCACUUCCAAACUAAUGAGCAUCAUCCUGCACUGUCGAUGGAACUUGGGAGCCUUGAGUUGCUCCAGCCAGGCUAGGGUGGUCUGUCCUCUGGUGUGUGCCGUCUCCCCCCACCAUGCAGAAUAAUGAGCCCUCCACACCAUGAGUCCUCUGGGCCAGGUUAGUGUGCAGCCUACCUGGAACGCAGCCCUGCUCGCCGUGCUCUCUCUCAUGGUGCCUGCUCUCAGUAUGUGCCAGUCCACAGGCCCUGCGUUGGGCUCGGCUAACCCACAGAACUGUCCAGGUGUGUGCUCCUGCACUAACCAGCUCAGCAAGGUGGUGUGUACCCGCCGAGGCCUGGUUAGGGUUCCCCCGAACAUCCCACCCAACACCAGGUACCUGAACCUGAUGGAAAACAGCAUAGAGACCAUACAGGCAGAUACCUUCAGGCACCUGCAUCACCUGGAGGUACUGCAGUUGGGCAGAAAUGCUAUCAGACAGAUUGAAGUGGGGGCCUUCAAUGGCCUGACCAGCCUCAAUACUCUGGAGCUCUUCGACAACAGACUGACAGUCAUUCCCAGUGGGGCUUUUGAGUACCUGUCAAAGUUGAGAGAGUUGUGGCUUAGAAACAAUCCCAUUGAGAGCAUCCCGUCUUAUGCCUUCAACCGUGUCCCCUCCCUCAUGAGACUGGACUUGGGAGAACUGAGGAAGUUGGAGUACAUUUCUGAUGGGGCAUUUGAGGGCCUUGAAAACCUCAAGUAUCUCAACUUGGGGAUGUGCAACCUGAGGGAGUUUCCUCAUCUUUCACCACUGGUGGGAUUGGAGGAGCUAGAGAUAUCAGAGAAUGUUUUCCCUGACCUGAAGCCCGGGGCCUUCCGUGGGCUUAAAAAUCUACGUAAACUGUGGAUUAUGAACUCUGCCAUCACUAACAUUGAGAGGAAUGCUUUUGAUGACAUCACAGCCCUGGUAGAGCUGAAUUUAGCCCAUAAUAACCUGUCAUCCCUCCCCCAUAACCUCUUCACCCCUCUACAGUACCUGGUGGAGCUACACCUGCACCACAACCCUUGGCGAUGUGACUGUGAUGUAGUGUGGCUCUCCUGGUGGCUCAGAGAAUACAUUCCUACAAAUUCCACCUGCUGUGGACGCUGCCACACCCCGGUCCACAUGAGAGGACGAUACCUGGUGGAAGUUGAUCAGACCACCUUUCAGUGUUCGGCACCAUUCAUACUCGAUGCUCCUAGAGAUCUGAACAUCUCGGCAGCGAGGGUGGCAGAACUGAAGUGCCGCACAGCUGCCAUGAGCUCAGUUCGAUGGCUUCUCCCCAAUGGGACUGUAUUGACCCAUGGCUCGGCUCACCCACGGAUAUCUGUCCUCAACGAUGGGACGCUCAACUUCUCCAACGUUCUCCCAUCAGACACGGGGGUCUACACCUGCAUGGUGAGCAACAUGGCCGGAAAUUCAAAUGCCUCGGCCUACCUAAACGUCAGCAAUGCUGAACUCAACACGUCUAAUCUGUCCUAUUUUACCACCGUAACCGUGGAAGUUUUGGAGCCCACAGUGGAGGAGACCCCUAAACCCAAGCCUACUAUCCCUGCCUCGCCCUCUGUCUUUCAGCCCGUCUUCAUCUCCACACCCACUGUGCUGUUCCAAAGCACCCAGACUCCAAGGCAGGUGUCAAUCCCCACUGCCAGAAUCCCUAGUGGGCCAGCCGCCAGCCUGGAUGAGGUGAUGAAAACCACCAAAAUCAUCAUUGGCUGUUUUGUUGCUGUUACCUUGCUGGCAGCAGCCAUGUUGAUAGCAUUCUAUAAGUUGCGUAAGCGGCAUCAACAGAGGAGCACGGUGGCGGCAGCCAGGACCAUAGAAAUCAUACAGAUGGAGGAAGAAGUUCCUCCCGUUCCACCACCCACCUCCGGAUCUAGUGGCUCUGACGACACAGGGUUGGUACUGCCUACAUUAGUGGAACACAACAGCAACACCUUUAAGCCUGGGUACGUGUCCUCCUCCUCCUCAUCCCGCCAAGGGGGCUACGGAGCCCACUGGACCCAGAACAACUCUCUUCAUCGCUCAGUCAGACAGCAUCACAGCCACAUCAGCACCAUUGCUGAUCCCUACGUCAUUAAGACUACUCACGGCAAGGAGAAGGUUCAAGAGACCCAAAUCUGAGUAAUGCUCCCUCUGGAUCUAUCUCUGACUCUGCCCCAACCUCUCCUCUCCACCUAUCUGCUCACCAGUCCAUGCAAUAGAAUGCACAAAGAACAAAACGGUAACUUUCUUUUGUACAGAAGUGCAAAUCAGAGACAGUUUUUUUUGUUUCUUGUACAUGCCUAUACAUAAGUAUAUAAAUAUGAAAAAAAUACAAAUAUAUAUAAAUGAAACUACCGUCAGGCAGUGGUGAGACAUGCAGAUUAUAUUAGAAAAGAAAGUAAAUUGAAACUAUUUUCUAAUAACUGGUGACUUCUAUUUAAAAAAGACAAAGAUACUGAAUUGCUUUUGUGAUUGAUAAUAGAAGGUGGUACUGUCUACUGUAGGAAAAGAGGCAUUUAGUUUGUUUUUUGACCAUAUUUAGGAUGCAGUAAAAAAAGAAAAAACUCUUUAUACCGGCACCAGUUUCUAAAUACAGCCCCAAAUGUAAGCUCCAGUUUUUACUGUGCCAAAUAUUAUAUGCAAUAAAAUGGUAUUUCCAGACUUAGGAACACAAAAAGACACACAAGCAAAAUCUAGAUAGAUAGAAACAUUUGUCCAAGGAUAGCAGCGUAAUGGCACAGAUAGAAUGUGCUGUUCAGUAGCUAUCAGCCAAAUGCUUUUGGACUGCAGUGAAUUUCUGCAGCUAAGGUUUAACCCUCUGUUUGCUGGAGCUAAGCUGCGUUUAUUUGACAGUGCCAGUGCUUCUUAGUUGUAGCGUAUCUAAACAUGUUUAUUUAGUGUGCACAUGAUUCCCCACUGGUUUAACUGGCAAAGAUGAAGUGCAGGCUAAUAACAGUUGUUGCAAAUACUUUGUUCUGUUAUUGGUUGCAUUUUGUGUUAUUUCUUUUCCCUUAGGUUUUGACAUGCUUCUUAAUGGCUUGUGUAGUGUUUAGGGCUAAUUUAAUAAUGCAUUACAGCAGUUGCCUGACUUGUCUCUGCAAGGGCUCAUUCCGAUGCUUUUCAAAAGGAACAGACAUGUGGUGCAGUGAUACAGGGCUUUGCUGACCGUUCUGCUUUUGGAGAAAAAAAACAGAGGAUUGAAGUGAAACAAAUGAAUGUCUGAUACCGGGGCUUUUCCAUGGACUACACUGAAACAUGACUUUCUUUUUCUUUUAACAGUUUAUUUUGAGCAACACUAUUUUUAUGGAGAGACAAAGGAGGCUAUGAAAAAUAAAAACCUUUGGUUUGUAUUUCUCUAAUCAGAAACACUUUGAUCUGAUGUUUUUUCUUCUCUCUGAAUAUAUUUCCAUUUGUGUGUAAGUUGUUUAAUCGUAAAGGCUGGAGGCAGUAUUGUAAAUCGUAUCCUACCCCAAACCCCCCAUCUUACGGUCCUAUGCAUUUACUUAGUGUCUGCAUGAAUGGGUCUUUAAGUAACUGGUGUACAAUGCUGCAUUAUACCCCACAGUGGGGCUCUAUGCAGGUCAGAUAGGCUGUUGGUCUUUGAUGCCUCAGCUUAGUUCUUAACAUUGAUUUCUCAGUGACUGUGAAGGGGAAAAAAUACAUGUA